AUGGCACAACUUUGGGGCGGACGAUUCACCGGGAAGGUUGAUCCUCUCAUGGAGGCCUUCAACGCCUCGCUGUCCUUUGAUCAGCGAAUGUGGAAGGCCGACAUUGUCGGCUCGCAGGCGUAUGCCAAGGCCCUCGCCAAACAGGGCAUCAUCACCUCCGAGGAGCGCGAUGCCCUCGUCCAGGGCCUGGGCAAGGUUGCCAAGGAGUGGGAGACCAAGUCCUUCCAAGUCAAGCCCUCGGAUGAAGACAUCCACACCGCCAACGAAAGAAGACUGGGCGAGCUUGUUGGAUCGGUUGCCGGCAAGCUGCACACUGGCCGGAGCCGCAACGACCAAGUCGCAACCGAUAUGCGCCUGUGGCUUCGCGACGAGGCCCGGGUCUUGCUUGGCCAUCUCUAUGAUCUGAUCCGUGUUGCCGUUGAUCGCGCCGAGUCCGAAAUCGACAUUAUCAUGCCUGGCUACACGCAUCUGCAGAGAGCCCAACCCAUUCGAUGGAGCCAUUGGCUGCUCAGCUAUGCCUGGGGCUGGCAGGCUGAUGCCAUCCGUCUCGAGCAGCUGAUCUCGCGCGUCAACCAGCUGCCGCUCGGAAGCGGUGCCCUUGCCGGCAACCCUUUCAACGUCGACCGGCAAUUCCUCGCCCAGGAACUGGGCUUUGAGGGAGUGAUCCAGAACUCGCUCUACGGAGUCAGCGAUCGCGACUUUGUGGCCGAGUUUCUGUUCUGGUCGUCCAUGACCAUGAUCCAUCUCAGCCGCUGGUCUGAAGAUCUCAUCAUCUACAGCAGUGGCGAAUUCGGGUUCGUCACGCUGGCCGAUGCCUACAGCACCGGAAGCAGUCUGAUGCCUCAGAAGAAGAACCCAGACUCCCUCGAGCUGAUCCGCGGCAAGUCCGGCCGCAUCUUUGGCGAUAUGUCUGGUUUUUUGAUGACCCUCAAGGGCCUGCCGAGCACCUACAACAAAGAUCUUCAAGAAGACAAGGAGCCCAUGUUUGAUGCCGCUGACAACCUCAGUGGAUGUCUGCAGAUCUCGACUGGUGUCCUGACUACUUUGAAGGUCCAUGCCGCCAAGAUGAAGCAGAGCCUCAGCAACGAUAUGCUCGCUACCGAUCUGGCCGAAUACCUCGUUCCCUUCCGUGAGACGCACCACAUCGCCGGGCAUGCUGUCCGUCUCGGUGAGGAGCACGGCGUUCCUAUGAGCCAGCUCAAGCUCGAGGACUUCCAGAAGCUGCACCCCAAGUUCGAGGCCGAUGUCAGCCAGGUCUGGGACUACGAAAAGAGCAUUGAGCAGCGAUGUGCUCAGGGCGGCACAAGCCGCAAAACCGUGCUCGAGCAGAUUUCGAACCUCCGCGCUUGGCUUGGAGAUCGAAGCGACAAGAAGCGCAAGGUGCACUAG